UUUAAACAAUAAUACAGCAGGGGUAAAUGACCAAUUGGCGAAAUAAAAAAAAGUUCGCCACAAUAUAAAUAUUAACGCAAAAGAAAUUGAAACGAAUCAGUCACGUACAGAAUUUUAAAUUAAUGGUGUCUCAAAGUCUCUUUACGAAUAGAUAAGAUCCAGAACACAUAACAUAAAUAUUUCAUAGUGUCGAAUCAGUAGGGUUUAAAAACAAGAUGGCACAUAAGCUUCCCAAACUCGAGCAGUUUUUCUAUAAGCACCGCCGCGUUUAUAGAAACCUUUAGUAGUCAAAAACCGGACUGUCUGCAAGGCAGACGAAACAGAUAAAUACAUCCCAUCUUUAUGGAUUUGUCGCAAAAUUCUUUUGGGGAGUUUCAAGGGCAAUGCACAUCGUACGAAUCCAUUGUCUUAAAGAAGCUUAACGAGAACGUGACGUAUGGAUUUCUUUUACAUUGAUGAAUCCUUAAUCAAACAUACGACAAUAUUUUCUUCUUUGUCGUAAUGGUAAUCGCUGCACAUGCCGAUUAUGGCUCUAAAUAUAUCUGUGCACAAACAUUUAAAUGUUUGUAAAACGGCGCAUUCAGUUUGUUAGUUACGUGUUACAAACAUGAUAAAUACGGAGCAGUACUGCCACUUGACUUCAGUGAUAAAAUUAUGGAUAGCCAACUGCAAAUGUAACAGGAAAAGAACCAUGUUACUCAGGAUGUUAUACUAUUUAUAUUAUGAGAAGAACCAAGUUCUUGAUGAGGUGUCGAAAUUUAAUUUCACCAAUUCUAUUAUUCUUGAGGAGAAGGAAAUUAUACAGUCCGAUCCACAUAUUAGUUUAGAAAGUAGUAAAAUUACCGAAGAUCCAAUAGAUACCAAAGUACAUAACACACAUGAAUCAUCAUUCAAAGUGAGACAAUUAAGACGGAAAGACAUUAGGGAUUACCCAGAAAGUAUUAGGUAUAAGAUCCAGUUCUUCGAAUCGAUGUCAAGCAAACAAAUGUCUACAGAUAAGAGUUGGUCAACAAAUGUGGGUAAAUUGCGGACAAAUACUUCAGUGGAAGUAGUUGCGCGUCCACCACCCGUAGUGGUUGGAAUGGUCCUUAAGCAAAACUCUUGCGAAAUUGAUAACUGUGAUACGUAUUCGUUCGACAAACGUAAAUCCUUCCAACAGUCCAGUGUGAUGUCUAGCAAAAGUAAGGGCAACGAGAGAUUUUUAGUCAACAUUCUCGAGCCGAGGACGACUAAGAAUCCAAAAAAAUCUACAGACAUAAAUAGGUCAAUUAUCACCAUGGAUUCCCAGUUGUACAUUAAACCGCACGAAGACAACGCAACGGAUGAGGAGCGCGAUUCUGUUAGCGAAUCCGUGCGGAAUUUAAAUGAAGCCAUUCGCGAACUUGUCCAUAAAGCCUACGACCAGAGCCAAAUACUGAAACAAGCAGCCAAAGCGGUUGAUGUCUGUCGGAGAUCAAAGGUUUUUUAUAACAGCAUCCAACGAGCAGAAGCUGAACGAAUUUUGCUGACAGCAAGCUUGAAACGAGCGCACUACUUGCACCGAAUCGAAAAGGAGGAGCUGCAAUACCCAAGCGAUUCCAAAAACACGGCCGAUCUCACAAUUUCCAAUAUUAAAUUUCCAUUUAACGUUGAAGAAAUUGAUUCGAAACGUCGCUACUGGUAUCUUGUAACGUGCGUAACCGAUCGCAGGUUUCACGUUUCUUCCAUGCUGGAGCUCAACCUUAAAAGAUCCUACUUGCAGUUGCCCGAAAUGUACAGCUUUCAAGGCGUGUCCCCCGACUUUAAAAUUAAACUUCACGUGUACGAGCUUAACUCUGACAAUGCAGAUCGGAGGAAACCGAGGCGUUUACAUCAGAAGUUGAAGCAGAAAAUUUUGCAUGGAGCGCACUUUGAAGCAACGCUCGAAGGAAAAAUCCGCCCUGCUUUUAAGAAAUGCGGGUGGUUGGAGCUGACUAUUAAUAACCUCAGCCAAAAUGUUUUGACAUUGAAUAAAAAAGGGGACGGUACACCUUUGAGUGUCGUUCAUCUUUCAGCGAGUGCGUUCAGUCAGGCUUUGAAUCUCAAGCAUAGCGGGUUUCUAACGAUUGGCGCCGAAAGCAACGGUCACUUGGUGUGGGAUAAAAAUUGGUGUAGGCUUCUUAAUUCCGUCCUACACUUCUGGAGUAAUCCCAGUGAGGAAUCCCUAAACGGUUAUAAGCUCUUUAUCGACUUAAGGCACUGCGUUAUCAUCGACAUCCACAACGUGUGCUUAAGACCGAACACUUUAGCUUUAGAGCAUACGAGCUUAGAGCAAGCUUCAAGGUAUUACUUAUCCUGCGACACGUUGGAGGAAAUAGAUGAGUGGAAAAGGUGCAUCACCUCAAUUUUGGAUACAUUUAAAGGUUGGAAGGCCUUAAUGUACGUUUAAUUUAUUGUAUACGUAAUCUAAGUGACGACAUUUUUAUACGAUGACUAGACUAAUAAAGACAGAAGUGUAUAAAAUAGAA